GCGAAACGAAGCUUCGGAACCAACAAAGAUAAUCCGACGGAGACGAUCGAACGAGAAAGGAAGAAGACCGGCGAAGUGCUUUUAUUAGGGCAUUGACAACAAGUAUGGACACAUGCUCACCAGCUAGCAAGCUUAGGAGGAAGCAGUUGAAUGAAAAAGAAGACGGCACUUGUUCGUGGAAUAGGAGCUUGAAUGAUUUGCCUGAUGCAAUACUUGGGCUGAUCCUAUCUUUUCUCAGCACAAAGUGUGCUGUUCAAACAAGUGUGUUAUGCAAAAGGUGGCAAUACAUGUGGACAUCCCUUCCCGUUCUUGAUUUUGAUGUCAGUGGAAGAAAGGGUCUUGAAAAAGGACAUCCGUGGGAGAAAAAAAUGGUUUCUGAGGAUUUUGUUGACAGGGUAUUGAUUUUCCAUGAUGCGCCUAGGAUACAUAAAUUUACCCUCUAUUGCAGGGUGAGAAACGAUAUUUCCCGCAUCAGAACAUGGAUAUCUGCUGCAGUGAGACGUAAACCCCAGGAGGUUGCUAUCAUAUAUUGUGAUCUUAAUGUACAUGAGAAUGAUCAACAUAUGCUUCCCCAUUGCCUGUUUAGUUCUGAAGAAACAGAAGUGUUGAGACUAGCAGGAUGUUAUAGACUUCUACUUCCUUCACAAAUAUGUCUCCCUCGUCUCAGGACCUUGACGCUCGAAAAAUUGACCUUUAUAGAUUAUCGCCCAUUAAACCUUCUAUUUGGUGGUCCUGCUCUUGAGAAGUUGGUCAUAGAUGAGUGCCGGUGGAAAGGUGAUGCAUUUGAGGUAAGUAUUUCGGCACCCAAACUCAGGCAUUUAACUAUAGAGGAGUUCUAUGAUGAAGAUGACACAACUGAGUUUGAUUCGAGAUCUGUCACAAUAUCUUCCCCUGAACUGAAUGUAUUCCACUAUGUUGGUGGAUUUUUCAAAUCAUACCACUUUGAUUGUCCAUCUUCCAUUUCCAAUGCUAGUCUUGGAAGUCCUCAUGGCACACCCCUAGAGGACCUACGCACUGAUCAUUUAAAUGAGGUUCUAAGUGCUCUCCAAUCGGUUGAAUACUUGGAACUGGCAGCUUAUUUUGUUGAGGCCUUCACUCAUGCUUCAGUCCCAAUAUUCAAAAGCUUGAGCAGUUUGGUUCUCACGGAAGAGCCAGCAAAUCUCAGUUGCAGAGAACUGGAGAAGAUGCAUAAUAAAUUUCCGCGCUUGAAAACUCUUACAUUCAUGGCGGGGAUCACCGCCAAAUCUUCUGGUCGCCUGUUUAAAUCAAAGCUCACAUGUUUAUCUUCAACUCUCAAGAGAAUUGCGAUUCACGGUUUCAGAGGAACCACAGGAGAGCUGUUUGCCGUGCAAUUUUUGUUGUGGAAGGCAACGUGCUUGGAAAGGAUGGAUAUAUACUGGCAAUACUGCAACGUGGGUGAAUAUGAACAGAACGAAACUGGAUUGUUUUUGUCUGCCAGUCACCGGUCAUCAAAAAGCUGUGAACUUCAUGUUGGCAAAUGAUCUUAGAUUUGUUUAUAGCCUUCCUUUCUGUUCUUAGGAUGAUAAAUGCACUACUACACUGCAAGACGGUUUAUGACAUGUUUUUU